AUGGCUGCCCCGCGGUCCCCCGUUGACUCGAUUUGGGCGGCCGUCCUCUUGGCGCCCUGCAUCUCUGGCCGUCCUCUCCGUCUCCGAUGCAGGCUUGCUGGAGCUCCUCGAGGGCGGGACGACGCGGGACGCGGGGGCCGAGGCCUUGCGCAGCGGCUCCUCCACGACGCCCUCCGCCUCGACCACGACGCGCUCCGCCGCAACAAGGAGGCGCUCCUCGCCGAGAUCAAGGAUCUGAAGGGGAAGCUGGGGGACGAGGACGCGGCGGCCAGCUUCACCUCGGUGAAGGAUGAACCGGCGGCGUCCGACGGCCCGCCGCCAGCCGGCGUGGGGUCCUCCGACAGCGACUCCAGCGGCGUGCUGAACGACACGGACGCGACCGACGCCACGCCGGCGGCGGAGACAGCGCCGGCUCCGGACGCGAGGACCGCCCUCCUCGGUGGGCCCGGCGCGGCGGUGGCGGAGCACGCGCAGGUGCACGCGGUUCAUCAGCCCGAAGGGCAGAGGGACUUGGCGUCGGAUGGAGGAGGUGGUCGGCGUGGGGAAAGAUGGCUUGCCGGCGCCAUCGUCACAACCCGAGUCCAGCCGGAGCUUUCUCUGUCCGCCCUUCCCGGCUUCCUGCGGUGGCUCCGGCGGCAGCAGAUCACAGCUUCGUUCAGCAUAUUUUAA